AAAAGCGGCGCAUUCCGUUCGCCGGCCGCCCUCCUCCUCUACCUGUCGGCUUCUAUAAGGACGCGGGAGGCGUGAACAGCCUGGUGCAAACGGCUAGAAGUGCACGACCGGCUCUGUCUCAUCCCUGAAGUACAAGCCGAGAAGUUUAUCCUUCAUUCGCUACCUUGCAGCUUGCUCACGCCUCUCUGCUCUUUAACGGCAUGACACAUAAUUGCCUGUACCGGUAGAUGAUGAUCGCGCCCGGAAUCGUCUUUGACAGAAACACGUUGUUGCGCGGCCGCGCGCGCUGCCUCUGCCUGUAGGCACGUUUAAAAAUGAUUGUCUUUCUCAUCAUCGUGUCGUUUUAAGAAGUGCGCGUCGUUGUGCACACGCUGUGUUCCCGCAACAAAGAGGUACUAGAUGUGAACUGAUACAGGUAUUAAAUUCAGGAGGAAAAAAAAAAAACACACACAUUCCGAUAACACUUCAUUUACUCUCCGGGGCGCAGACCGCAGUCAUGCCGCUGUUCGUCGUUUCGAGCCCCGUCAUCGUGGGGUCCUUAAUUCUGCUCGUGUCUUGUGACAUCGUGACCCAAGACCUGCAGCUGGUCCCCACCUCGGUGGAGGUACCCAAACCCUCCCAGCCAGAGGUAGCUUCGCGGAGUCCUGAGGGGCCCGCUGUCCCGGGAUUCAUGGCCGGAUCCCAGGAGUCAGGCAUCUCCAGUGAAGAGAACGAGGACGCCAAGACGAUGCAACCUCUGUAUUUCUGGGAUGAAGGAGGGGAGGUCAACGGAACCGUCUGGGUUUCGGAAACCUUGGACGGUUACAGUCCGUCUUUUUUUCAGCCUUCGUCUUCGCCAGCAGAGACCCCCAGCGACUUGAAUUCCUCGUCCUCAAUAGCUUCUGUAGUGGAGUCGCUGGAUCCGGAGAUGUGGGAGAGUCAGGGGGAGUCCAGCGGCAGCCCGGGAGAUCCCGUCUACAGUCUCUCUACUGUGGAUGGGGGAUCUCUUACCCAGGCGACCACCACAGACUCCGAUGUAGGUGCAGUGCGCCGCUGGGGCGGCACUGUUGCCAAGGGCACAGCUGCACCGGAAAGGGAGGAGCUGAGCCACACAGGCACUCACGUCUCUGCACCGCCAUAUGGAGCUGAAGAUGUAACCGUCCAGGGGGGUCACCACCCUACAAGCGAGAGCCAGGCCCCCGAAGUGGUUUCGGUUGUCUACUCGGUCGGCCGGAAGGGAAUGGAUGAGAGCUUGGAUGGGACGGCGCACCAGAGUCGCCUCACCACGGUUCCCCCGUCCUCCCCCUCCUCAUUCUCGCUGUCUCCCUCCAUAACCUUUACUGGCAUCACCUGGGACAAAGCGACGCCCACCUCCCUAGAGGACGAAGAGCCGGAAUUCAGGCACGGGGGGGCUGAGAUCCUAUCGGAGACAAAACUCCACAACACGCAUCUCACCCGAGACUCACUGCAGGUGGUUUGUGUGGACUGGAGUUACCUGCCUGUGAAGGGCUAUGUCAUUCUGAACAUGUCAGAAAACUACGAAUGCGAUAAGUUCCGGGUGGAGAGCGGAAAGAGGUUGCUAGAGAUGCUUGAGACGGCCUUCUCGAGAAAGAUGAACAGCCCGCAGGGGUCCUGGCUGAUCUCCUUGAGCAAACCCAUGGGGAAAGAGCGGCAGCUGCUGAUGACGCUGGCCAGUGAACAGGGAGUGAUUGCCACUAAAGAUGUGCUGUCAAUGCUGGGAGAAAUUAGAAGGGGCUUAUCUGAGAUUGGCAUUCAGAACUACACUAGUGUCACUACCUGUCAGUCCCGGCCUAGCCCGACCCGCAGCGACUACGGCAAGCUCUUCGUGGUCCUAGUCAUCAUUGGCUCCAUCUGUGUGGUCAUUAUUGCCUCCGGCCUCAUUUAUAUCUGCUGGCAGCGGCGUUUGCCAAAAAUGAAGAACAUGUCUCGCGGCGAAGAGCUCCAUUUCGUGGAGAAUGGGUGUCAUGACAACCCCACCUUGGACGUCACGAGUGACAGCCAGUCGGAAAUGCAGGAGAAGAAGAGCAGUGCGAAUGGCGUUAUGGCGGGAAGCGGCAGUGACGGUGGCUGGCACGUUCUGGUGAACAAAACAGCAAAAGAGGCGGCUGAGAACAUGGAGGAGGACACUCACCUAUAAUUUGGUGAGCUGGAUGGGGGUGGGGGUGCCAUGGCGUACUGAGACUGAUUCCAUAACAAGGUCCAUGACUGGUAUCAAUGAUUCCAACGGCACGCAACUGAACCAACUCUCUGAGACAUCAGCCAGCUAAAACUCAGCUUUACACACAUCUUGGAAGAAGUGAAAACUUAUCCUCAUAUCUGCAUAAUUAAUAAAAUAUACGUGAUUAAUGAUGACUUUAACAGCUGCUUUGCUUUUCAUGUGAAGGUACAUGGUUACAAUAAACAGUACAAUAAAAGCAAUGACUGAUAUGUUUUCAGAAAAUCAUGAAUAUGAUGCCCGUAUAUAUCAGCGUUAACACAGACACGUUUGUAUUAUUGAUAUGAAUCCAAAUAGCUGAAUGGCAGGAAGCAACAAAUUGCACUUAACAAGUUGAAUGUUGAAAUUUAUUAUAUAAGCUGUGCCUCUUCAUUGUGAUUCGUCAUCGCAGUUCUAGGGGAGGUCGGCGAAAUUGUAGAGAUGAUCCGUCCUCCUGGAAAGAUUACUGCACCUCUGUACAUUUCAACCUUUUACAUAAACUGUUAAUGUGCACCACAGAAAAUGGCUCUUAUCGUAACUUGUUUAGAUUAUAUGAAUGUUAUUUUACAGUGACAGCACCGUUUAGUUGUUGCAUCGAGACAAACGGAACGCUCGCAAUGCCGGCCGUUUAAGAGAAAGAGCGCGUUCCCUAAGCGAAACGGCAAACCGCCGUUUCCUGGCGCCGUCGUGCCAGGGACCGAAGACGUUUGUCUCGGCGUUGUCCGCUGUUUCCUCCUGCCCCGCCUU